GUACGAGUCUUCAUUUUCCUCCUGUCUCCACAGUUUCCAUGUUCACGCCGUCAAAACGCCAUCUCUCACUCGGUAUUCAUCUCACAGUCUGAUCACUUCACAGCAAUGGGUUUCGGAGCAUUUAGAUCCAUAAUCCGACCCGUAUCCAGGAUCCUAUUACCCGCUUCUCGUUUCUCUCCAGCAGCGAAAACCUUCUCCACCACUUCUGCGCCGGAGCUCCGCCACCACUUCUCCCCCCUCCCUCGCAAUCUAACCUGGAUUCCUCCGAGCAGUGCCUUCCACAGCCUUACGGAUACCAGAUACCCGAAACGUAGACCUAGUGACAAGCCUCGCCGGAAAAGAGCCAGCUUGAAACCUCCAGGUCCAUAUGCGUGGGUGAAAUGUGUUCCUGGGGAACCCAUUCUUCCGAACCAACCAAACGACGGAAGUGUGAAGCGAAGGAACGAGAAGAAGAGAAUCAAACAGCAUCGUGCUUUUAUAAUGGCUGAAAAAAGGAAGCGCAAAGCUCAGUUGCAAGAGGCUAAAAGAAAAAAGAUCAUGAAAAGGGUGGAGCGGAAAAUGGCUGCAGUUGCAAGAGAAAGAGCCUGGCAAGAAAGAUUGGUUGAGUUGAAACGGAUUGAAGAGGAGAAGAAGAAAGCAGCUAUGGCUUGAUUUACCCUGUUGUUUUUACUUAGGCCGCGACUGUUCCCCUUUAAGUUAGACACAUAACCGUUUCACAUAUCAUAUGAAAGCUUUGUUAUUAUGACAGAUGGAGUUUGAGGUUUUUGAAUUGUUGCACUGAUUGGCCUCUUCAAGCUCCAGUAAUCUCCGUGGUUUCAUUUCUAUUUUUGACCCAAGUCUUGUGGCCUUUCCUUCACUGCCCCUACAUUGAGUCGGUAUAUCUGCGCUCCAAUGAAGCCAAAGAGGAGCCUAUUGAGAACUACCAUUUGCAGUGCUAAUGCAAGUGGAGUCGAAAUUGUUCAGCCUGAAGACUGCCAAUAAGGAAGUAAUUGUUUCUUCUACUUACAGUUCUUUUGUUAAACAGAUGGUGAACCCGAAAUAUCUUGAUAAUGUGUGUGCUUCUAGCCCAAGUGAGAGAGGUUAACAGUUUAUCCCCUGAUAUCUGCGAGAUGAUGCCAAGCUUCUAUGUUUUAUUCCUGUUCCUUCACUCUGAAAUAUGGUUCUUGGCUGCAAAAUGUGCAUGAACAAGUCCUGUCUGGUUAUCCUGGCUUAGUUGUGUGACCUGUAAGAACUACUAAGACAUCGGGACUAAUGACUGAGAAGCACAUGAGGUGCCACAUUAUGGUAUUACUGUAAUUGGGCCAUUGGACAUAUUAUGUAUAGUGAUAUCAUCCAACUGCAUAUUGUUGCUGUCGGAUGCCAAAUCUGUUUGAUGCA